AGUCACUCGCCGGCACCACCAGUACCCCCUCCCCCCACCCCACCUCCUUGGCUCGCUCGGCACCAGAAGCAAAGCAGCUAGGUAGCCAUGGCGCGCGCCUCGAGCCCGUCGUUGUUGCUCGUGCUGCUCGUCGUGGCGGCGGCGAUGGCAGGAGCCAGAUUGCCCGUGGAUGCGGCCGGGAACGCAACGUUGGGUGAAUUCCGCGUCAAGAACAGCCUCGGCAGGACCCCGCAGAUGGGGUGGAACAGCUGGAACCACUUCUACUGCGGGAUCAGCGAGGGAAUCAUCAGGGAGACAGCUGAUGCAUUGAUCAACACUGGUCUGGCGAAAUUGGGCUACAAAUAUGUUAACAUCGAUGAUUGCUGGGCAGAAUUAAACAGGGAUUACAAGGGUAACAUGGUUCCAAAUAAAAGAACAUUCCCCUCUGGCAUCAAGGCGCUUGCAGAUUAUGUGCACGCGAAAGGGUUGAAGCUUGGCAUCUACAGUGAUGCUGGGACACGAACAUGCAGUAACAAAAUGCCAGGAUCGCUCGAUCACGAAGAGCAAGAUGUCAAGACGUUUGCGUCUUGGGGAGUUGAUUAUCUGAAGUACGACAACUGCAAUGAUGCUGGCAGGAACGUUAGGGAAAGAUACACUAGGAUGAGCAACGCCAUGAAGAAAUACGGGAAGAACAUCUUCUUCUCACUCUGCGAAUGGGGAGUCGAAAACCCUGCUACAUGGGCACGUGGCAUGGGUGGUAAUAGUUGGAGGACAACCGGCGACAUUGCUGACAACUGGGACAGCAUGACAUCACGCGCAGACCAGAAUGACAGAUGGGCCUCCUACGCUGGACCUGGUGGAUGGAAUGAUCCUGAUAUGCUUGAAGUUGGAAAUGGUGGGAUGUCUGAAGCUGAGUACCGCUCGCAUUUCAGCAUCUGGGCACUUGCAAAGGCUCCUCUUCUUCUCGGGUGCGAUGUGCGCUCGAUGAGCCCGCAAACAAAGAACAUAGUCAGCAAUAUGGAGGUCAUCGCUGUCAACCAAGAUAGACUAGGCGUGCAGGGAAAGAAGGUGCAAUCUGAUGGUGGUUUGGAGGUUUGGGCCGGACCGCUCAGCGGCAACAGAAAGGUGGUGGUUCUAUGGAAUAGGCAGGGGCACCAAGCAACCAUCACCGCACACUGGUCAAAAGUCGGGCUUCCGGUAUCUGCGGCCGUCACCGCUCGCGAUCUAUGGGCGCACUCGUCGUUCUCCGCUCAGGGGCAGCUAUCUGCAUCAGUGGCGCCUCAUGACUGCAAGAUGUACAUCCUGACACCAAAGUAAAUGUAGACAAAAGCAUAGCAACUCGAUCGAUUUGGUUAUAUGACGUUAGAAAUAAGCUGCAACAGUAUGUAAAGUGCUGUGAAAAUGUCGGUGCGUUUGUUUCUGAAAUUGCAAGUUGUAAUGGAAGUUGCUGCAAUAAAAAAUGGGUUUCGUAGCACUA